AUGUCUUUCCUCACCACCGCUCUCGUCCUCGCGAGCACCGCCCAGGCGUACCACCAGAUCAACGCCAAGGUCGCCUUCCGCAAGAACAUCGACCCUAUCGUCCAGCCCGGCGAGUAUACCAGCCACAUGCACACGUUCUUCGGCUCGGACCAGGUCACCGUCAAUACAAAGACCAGCGCCGAGGCACAGACGGGCUGCAACACCAACGACAAUCCCAACGACUUGUCCAUCUACUGGAUUCCGACCCUGUACGGCGUCAAGGGCGGGGACCGCAUCCCCAUCGAGCCCCUCUCCUUCAAGGCCUACUACAACAACAUAGGCGAUGCCGAGGUCACCUUCCCCCAAGACUUCAAGGUCGUCGCCGGCAACGCCGACGCCACCUCCCAGGCCGACGUCGACGCCCGCUCCAGGCUCGAAUGGUUCUGCAACGUCGGCGGCGGCCAAGGCACCAAGGACGCCUCGGCCUUCCCCACGUCCACCUGCGACCGCGGCCGCCUCCAGGCCAUCCUGACCUUCCAAGACUGCUUCAACCCGGCCACCAUGGCGACCGCCUACUCUGGAGGCGAGCACCGCCAAAACAGCAACUGGUGCCCAACCGGCAUGAAGCGCAUCCCCCAGCUGCGCUUCUCCGUUCGCUACGACGUGUCCGCCGCCGGCAGCUGGAACGGCGUCGCGCCCCUGGAGCUCGCCAGCGGGCCCUCGUACAGCUUCCACGGCGACUUCAUCAACGGCUGGCUCCCCGAAGCCGCCGAGAACCUCAUGGCCGCCACUGACAAGCGCGAGUGGCAGCCUGUCGGCGGCCCAGGCCGCGCCCAGGCCUGCACUCCCGCCGACCCUGACCCGGAGAACGGCACCUCGGACUGGGCAGAGAGUGUUCGCGCCAUGGAGGGCGCGGGUAACAACGCGGUAGCACCCACCGUCCCUGGGGCUACGGUUGAAGCUAAGGAGACUCCCGCCACUCCCGCCACCGAGGAGGACGACAUUUGCUACAGGAAGAGGGCUCUCAGGGCCAUGAAACGCGUAAGCCGCAUUGCUCGCCUCUCCGUCCGCAUCUAA